GUAGGUCUUGGUACUGAGGGGCCUGUACAGCGAGGAUGGGGCUUGUGGCUUACUUCAGUGCUCGCAGUUGCGAUUGCUGCGGUCUUUGUAGGCGCGCGAUUAUUACAGAGGCUCGUCAAAAGAAGCGGCUUGGGGACGGAUGACUACAUGAUCAUCGCAGCAUUGAUCUUCUCGGGUCUGCUUUCUUUGACAGAAUGCCAAGCUGUUGUGUAUGGUUAUGGUCGACGUUGGAGGACGCUUGAGGCCGACACGCGCAUGAUCGCCCGGAAGUGGUUCUAUGGUGCCAAUAUCGUGUACAAGGUCGUUCUGAUGUUCAACAAGAUCUCGAUCGCCUCUCUGUACUACAGGAUCUUUGCGGUGUCCAGCAAUUCGUUCCGCGUCGCCUGCCAUGUCAUGAACGCCUGGAUCGUGGCUUCUAGCCUCGCCUUCAUCAUUGCGACCAUUUUCCAGUGUACGCCGAUUUCUGCUUUUUGGGACAGAAGCAUUCCGGGCUUUCGAUGCUUCAAGAAUGAGCUUUGGUGGAUAUCCUAUGCCACUAUACAGAUCUCCACCGACUUCGCUUUGCUUUUACUACCUAUACCGAAGAUUGUAAAACUCUCUAUGGGCCGUGCGGAGAAGCUCGGUAUUUGUUUGAUCUUUGGUACGGGUGCUUUCGUCACAUUCGCAUCCAUCUAUCGCGCAACUACAAUUGCAGCAUCUGCAAGCGAUCCUGAUCCCACCUGGGGACCUAUUCCAGCCACAAUCUGGUCAGUGAUCGAGGCCAACGCGGGGAUUGUUUGUGCUUGCCUGCCUAUGCUCCGAGGUCCUUUCGUCGGACUGUUCGGUCCCUUCUUUGGUCGCUCACGGAAAGCAACAACAAAACCCAAUAGAUCUUACCACCUCACAUGGCGAAGCGACAAGCCGCAUGAAUCUGCUGAUGUCUCUAAUCGUAUACGGGGUGCCGACGAUGCCAUGAUAGACGCUGAACGCGACAGCGAGGAGGGCUUCGUGACU